AUAGAAUUCAGACGAGUCUUUCUGCAGGAGAAGACCUGUAAAAAAGAAGCGCGCGUAAUUUACAAUGGCGAAAUGGGAAAUGCGAAUGGACGCUCUAAAAUGUUUGGCGGUGCUUGAGCUGGAUGACAUGGAUUCAGACGCAAGGGGUGAACUUGAUGAGAUGUAUCAAGAGAUCUAUGAUGAUAAAUAUGGCAUUUUUUCAGUAGAUUCCGAUUCUGACAGUGAGACGUACGGGAUCCCUCCCAGGGUGCCAGUGGCACCACAACGCAAUCAGCAAAACUCCCGCAGUUGCUACAGUCAACAUGGGCGCAAAAAGCCCCUACGUUGCCCACUGUGAAGCCGUCAUCAACUGAGAUGGAGAGAGAUAAUACGGGGGUGGACGGCACAGUUUGGGUGAAACAGCCUGUUGGUAACGCCACGGGUCGAUUAUUAACACAGAACGACACCAGAGUGGAAUCAGGCCCUACACCAUAUGCAAAAGAUAGAAUCGACGGUGCCUACGCCAGCUUUCAUUGUUUGUGUGACAUGGAUAUGUUGCAGCGCAUCAGGGACUGUACUGUGGCUGAGGCGCACCGGGUGCAAGGAAAAAACAAAACAUGGGACUUGUCUGUGGAGGAAUUGGAAGCAUUCAUUGCGGUCCUGUAUGUCCGUGGGCUACACGGCAAUAGACUAGCGUCUUUGGAUGGCUACUGGUCAUGUUUACAAUUAGAUUUCUUUCGAGACACCAUGCCAAUGGACCGCUUCACAGAAAUCUUGCGGUACCUGCGUUUUGACACCAGAGAGAUCAGACGCCCCCGGACAUAUUCGAACAAAUUCGCCGUGGUCUCAGAAGUUUGGAACGCGUUUGUACGGAACUGCAUUGCAUGUUACAAGCCAGGGUUGAACAUCACUGUUGAGGAGCAAUGGUGCCUUUCAAGUGGAGAGGUCAUCAAGUUUGCGUUGACCGCUGACGUAGACAGCAAGUACGUGCUAAAUGUCGUUCCUUAUUCGGGGGAAGAUGAAUCUCAGAAGCCUGAAAAUGUGGCAUUGAAGCUUGUGGAACCUUACCUCGGUGCGGGGAGAACGGUCACUACGGACAAGUUCUGCACAUCCCUGCCAUUAGCAAAUAAGUUGAUUGCCAACAAAACCAACUUGGUCGGGGCAGUGAGUCAUUGCGGACGAGAGCUGCCUCCGGUGAUGCGUAAUCAGGCACAGACAAAGCUAUACUCCACUACCGUGCUAAAGCACGACAAAGCAACCCUUACGGUUUACAGAAGUAACCCAAGAAAGAACGUCUGUAUUCUGAGCACUAUACACCAGACUGUCACCACCGGGAACGACCGAACGAGAGAACCGGAGACCGUGACGUUCUAUAAUAGCAACAGGGUUGAUGUAAAUACGAUGACAAGAGAGCGUACGGUGGAGGUUGUGACAGGGUUGGAGAAAGGAGGUUCACACCGCUGGCCCCUUGCGGUAUUCUUCAACCUUCUUGACCUGGCUGCAAUCAACGCAUAUGUUUUGUUCACGCAAUGCACCGCUAAGACAGUGCCAAUGAGAGAUUUCAUCAUGGAUCUGGCAUUCGAGCUUCGCGAGAAGCACAUGAGGGCCAAUGCCGCACCGCCUCCUCCCCUCCCACCCAUCCAGGACACAGUCUGUGAAACGAAGAACCCCAGCAAGGUGCGCAGAUCGACACGGAACAAGGCUCCUAAAAGCUGUGUGUAGUGCAUCGGAUUUGCUUGUGGCUCUUGCGCACGCAAAUAUCCAGAACAACAGAAGACGAGAGAAUAAUUCAUGCGUUAGGCUAAAAGCGCAUCUCCCAAAGGCACAAGAUACAGUCUCCAGUGAAUUAACAACCGAGUCUUUGUUAUAGCAUGGGUGUAUUGCCACUGAUUCUCUUGUAUGCAUGUAACGUUUCAACAUUGUGUUUUGCACCCUACCAAUUGUGUUACAAAUAAAAUACAGAAACUUGGUAA